AGCUACAUUCUGAUUUGCCUCUGCUUUCACCGCGCUCGCUCGGGUUGUUGUGACGUAUCUGCAGGGCAGAAUGAAGCUGCGGGUGAAACUCAACAAACAGAUCCACAGACUACAGCUGGACGGUCCGGAACCGACGCUGUCUGAUCUCAGUGAUCAGAUCAGAGACACACUGCUGUCUGAGUGCGGUUUGCGCUCUGAUGUGGUAUUUAAUCUGUCUCUGAAUGGGAAGGACGCUCUGGUGGACACAGGACAGACUCUCUCCUCCUGUGGUGUUGUGUCUGGUGAUAUGAUCAGUGUGAUUUUACCUAAGGGCAGCACUCAGCAGGAACAACCUGAGCCACAAAACCUCAGCAAUGCAGCCGUCCAGCAGGAACAAAGGCUGACGGAUACGACCGGCACACGUGAGAUGGCUGGACACAGUGAGAGAGAUGCUGAGCAGGAGCAGUGGGUGGAGGGAGAUGAGGGGGGUGUGGCAUCAGAAGGCUCCGCCCCUCCACCGCUGCUCUGCUGUGAGACUGUGGAGGGUUUGAUUCCACUCACUCUGGAGAGGCUGCUGGAUUCAGCGAGCUGUCAGAACCCAUCUGACUGUCUGAUGCUGGCGACACAUCUGAUGCUGCUGGAGACUGGCUUUAGUCCACAGGGUUCUAGCGUGAACUCGGGUGAGAUGCCUAUUGGCUGGCGGGCAGCAGGGGGUGUGUACAGGAUUCAGUAUGGCCACCCACUUCUGGAGAACAGCGUGGUUACGGUGGUCGCUGUGCCGAUGGCUCAAACGCUCGUCAUUAACUCUGUACUAAAGAUGGACAGAAGUUUGGAGAGCUCUCAUAAAUUAAUCCUGAAACCAGAUGCUUAUGUGACACCUGAGUGGGCAGGUGGUACUACAGCUGUGGUCUAUAGAGACUUACAGAAACUCUCUCGUCUCUUCAAAGAUCAGCUGGUGUAUCCGCUCAUGGCUGCUGCCAGACAGGCAUUGGGACUACCGGCUCUAUUCGGUCUGGCUGUUCUUCCUCCCGAGCUGCUAUUACGUGUUUUGCGUCUGCUGGACGUCUCAUCUCUCGUCUCGCUGUCGGCUGCGUGUCGGGACCUGAACGUUGCGACGCAGGAUCCUUCACUCUGGAGACACCUGCUCCACAGAGACUUCAGGGUGUGUUUUCCUGCAGGGACUCAACACAAAGAUACAAACUGGAGAAAUCUUUACAAACAAAAAUAUAAACAGAGGAAGGAGAUGGAGCGAAUGAGCAGAUGCAGGUUUUACCCACCCCACCUGCCUCCAAUUUACCCUCUUGCCCCCAUCCCACCUGAACCCCUACCCCUCUACCCCUACCCUCCUGGCAUCAUCGGAGGAGAUUAUGACCAAACGCCCAUCGUCCUACCCCGCCCACGAUUUGACCCCAUCGGUCCACUCCCGGGUCAUCUCCCAGGUGCGGGCGUUUCCACAGGCCGGCGGCCUCUGAGACCGGGAGGAAAUCGACCGGUGGACCUCAGGAGAGGAUUUAUCUGAAUCUGAGUGAAAUAUUUCAACACAGACCAAACUGAUGCAUAUUUUUGUUUUCAAAUGAUAAAAUCAUUUUGAGGCUGA